CACACAAGGCUCAUCGGGAACUUGGCUAGCGAACCAAUUAGCUUCGGGUGAGUCAAGGUCAAUGGGAUUUUGACUAUUUAGUAGGUUUACAUAGCCAGACGGGUUAGGCAUGGUUAGAGGUUGGGUUGUGAGAUUAUUCUACCGACACUACUACUUAAGUAAGCAAAUUCUAAACUAAUUAAAUCCUAUCAAAUCAGAGCAGUUGGGAAGAUAGAAAGCAAAUAAGUUACAUUAACACCUAUUCUAAUUCGAGUAAAUACCUAUCAAACUAAGUAAUAAAAGCCAAUCAAAUGAUGCCAAUACAAACCAAACAAUUAGCAUCGGACACCAUUUCUUUUCAAACACAACUAGAGUACUAAUUUUAACCUUCAUUUCAAACACAACAAGAGUACUAAUUUUUAAAAAGAAAUAGUACAUUAUUACAGAUAAUUCUGACAAACGCCACUCUCCUUAGAAACCUUUGCAACAAUUCCUGAAAAAACAUGAGAUAAACAUUCAAACGUUUUACAAAAGCCUCUAAGAAUAUGCAAUUAAAUAAGAGGACAUAAACUAACCUCGCAGAAUCACUAACACCAAACCUAUUAAGACUAAUAGACAGACCAUUAGCUUAAUUCAUGCUUUCUUCUUUGAAAGCUCAUCUACCGUCUUCUCAAGGUUAAGGCGCUUCUGCACACUCUCAUCUACCGUCUUCUUAAGAUCACUAAGUUGCCUCUGAAACUCCCUCAUCUCCUCCAUGACUGCCACUUCCCACCAUUUCCAAACGUGGCAGUCUCCAUCAUCAGCAUUAUCGCAUGUAAAGUACCAUCUGUAUGGGUCUUUAGGAGUGUAAGAGCAGCCGAGAACAGGCUGAGCUCCACAGUAGCAUGUCGUGGGGAUUCCAUCAUCAGCCUCUGGUUGACGUGGGUACUGAACCGGCAUUGCAUUGCGGUUGCUACUGUCAGUUUCAUCCGCGUAAAUGUGAGCUUCGGCUUCAAGAAGGGAGGUUAUGUCCAGAGAGUCUGAUGAUGAAGUGGGCUGGAUGUAGCUGUAAUCUUGUCCCAUUUUCUUUAACCUGAAAGAAGUGAAGAACUGUGAAUCAAUUAGAACCGAUUACUUAUUACAUUCGCAAAAACACUCGCAUAUAUACAACCGAGUAGUGAUUUAACUGAACCCCAAGAAUACUCCCUUAAAAUGAACAUAUCGAUUCAACAAGAUCAAACAAAUCAACUAGAUCCGACAUUGAAACCAAUAUGGGAUUUCAAUCCGUGUAAGAAAAAAAAGAGAAGAUCCGCUUCCGAUUGAAACCAAAAUCGAUCUGAAACCCUAUAUACAAACGAACCCUCUCCCUAAAUCGAUUUAUCCCCAAAAUUUUCAAAAACCCUAAUUUCAAUCAUUAAACGAAAUCGAUAUAAACCCCCACGAUCCAACCCGAUUGAGAGGAAACAAGAAGAUAACUGAUCUAAUUUAGCGAAAAUCAACGAUUUUAGAGAAAGAUUUACCAAAAAUGAAAGAGAGAUGAAUCGCCUUUCUCUCCAGAUGAUUUUUUUUUCUACGGUUUCGGUCGAGAAUGAGAUUUCUCGCUUGACCCAACGAAACACAAACCGACGCCCACCCAGUUAGAAGAGGACACGUACUCAAGGAUCAGCCCCUUAAAAUCCUUCUCGACGGGGCAAUCCUUAGGUUUACACGGAUAAUUAAUAUUAUUAUAUUAACCCUAAGCUAAGGAUUAGCGCUAAGGAUCCGACAUGGACCGCUGUUGCACUUGCUCUUAGGUCCCAUUAUCUAUUUAAUAUUUAUUUGAUUUAUUCGGUUUUCGUUCGGUAUACAAAGAGAUUGGGUUUAGAAUCAAACAGAACCGAACCUGAGAUUCUCGGAGCCCUAUUCAAAGUAAAAAUGAACUUGGUGUAGUUUUGAUAACAAAAAAACAACAUCGAAAGAAACCUAUAGAACAAUCUAAACAUAAUCCCCUAUACAUUAUUUACCAAGUGAUUUUGACACAUGUCAUCACCACAUUAAUUUUUUUUUUUGUCUGGUUAAUUAUGCUAUUACAAAUUAUGAGAAACAUUACAUAGACGAUAUUACAGCCGACAAUUCUACCUGCCUUAUGAGGAUUCACACCUGACUGCAUCACCCUGAGUAGCCCUAUGAGAUCCAUUCCUGACGGUACUCCUUGCGCCAUGCUGAAGAUCUUUUGUAAGCAUUUUCUCUAAUUAUCUGCAUUAUUCACCUUCUCCGAGAAUUGAAACACAGACCUCUUCAUGUAGAAAUUGCGUUGUCUGGGGUUUGAACCCCAGACCUGGGUGUAGAAGCCUUUAAACCUUGACCACUAAUAAAGAUAACAUGGCUUACACUAAUUAUGACAUGAACAUUUACAUUUAAUGUUAUUUUAUAAUUUUGGUAAGUUUUAAGAAUAAGUUAAUAACUCAUAAAUCAUCAUUAAUAUAACAACAAAUAGUAAAGUUAGAAAUAUAGUAAUAUAUAAUAAUUUUCGAAAAUAUUAUUUAAUUUUAUUUAAAUAAUUUUCUAAAAUAUUUAAUUUUAUUUAAAUAAUUUUAGAAAUAUUAUUUAAUUUUAUUUAAAUAAUUUUAUAAUUUUAGUUACUAAAAAAAUCUUUAAAAAAAUUAUGCAUUUUCAGAAAAAAAUUCUAAUCAUAUUAUAAUUAUUUAUUUUAAUUAUUUACAAAUUUUAUAAAUAUUCUUUAAUUUUAUUUUUUGUUAAUUAUACAUAACAAAACUUUCCCUUAAUUUUGUAGAAUUUUUAAAAUAUAUUAACCAAAAUAAAUAAAUAAAAAUAUUUCCAAGAUAUAUAUAUAUAUAUAUGUGUAUAUAUAUAUAUAAAAUAUAAAUGUAAAUAAAAAUAUUUAUUUUAUCAAUAUUUAAAUAAAAAUGUAAAUAAAAAUGCAAAUAAUAAAACCAAAAAAUUAACAAAAAUUUAUUUAUGAAUAUAAUUUUAAAACUUUAUUUCUGCACAUGGUGCAGGGAAACACAUAGUGUAUCUUCAAAAUACAGUAAAAUAGUUCUAAAAAAACACAACAACAGUUUUAUUGAUUCUGAAAAAAUAACUUUUCUUGCUUUUCAAUUUGCCUUUGCACCUAAGAUUACAUAUAUUAAGAUGAUGAUUGUUUCCAUUAGUUUUUGGUUUUUGGUUUUUAACUUUUAGGCUUUGAAUGGUGACCAGGGAACGAAAGAGAACACUGAAUUCCUUAUCAUUUCUCAAAAAAAUAACCAUUCACAAGAAAUAGUUUUUUCCUUCUUGUUCCUUCCCAUUUCUUUUUUUUGUAGAAAAAUAUAGAACAAAAGCAUUUCUUAUUAAAUUUGAUAAGAAACAAGCAUUCCUUUUCAUUCCUGCAAUUUUAUUCAUAUACGCUCAUUUCCUAUUCGUUCUCCGUGUUUCCGAAAAGGUCACCAUUUGGAGCCUUAGAUUUUUGUUUUUGAUUUUCAGUUUUUAGAUUUUGGUGUUGCUGUUUUUUAAUAAAAUAAGCAAUACAUUGUUUUAAAAUAAUAAAGUAAAUAGUAAUAAAAUUUUAAAAUUACCAUUAAAAUUUAUCAAAUAUAGUGGUUAUUAUUAAAAUAAAAAAAUACCAUGUUUUAAAUUUAUUUUAUAUUAAGUAUUAUACUAAAAUAUGAUUUUAAAAAUAUCUAUAAAUCAUAAAAAUUAAAAUAUUUUGAAAUUUUGAAACUAAUUAUAUAUUUUAUUACAUAAUAUAUUGUAUUAAUAAAAUAUUUUAAGUUUUAUAAUUUUUAGUUGUUGUUUAGUGUGUAUAAUAAUAAUUAAAACUAUUCAAUAAUUUUAUUUAUAGAAAUUAAUAACUAAAUGGUUACAAUUAAUACUAAAAUUAUCUAUAUUUAUUUAUAGAUAUGAAACAAAAAUAAAUUAUUUUACAUUAAUGUUCAAAUGAUAAAAUAUUGUAUGGGAAUUUUAUCUUUAUGAAAAUAUUUUUUAUUUAAUUAUUAACCAAUUAAAAUAUAGUAUUUUAUACAAAAAAAAAAUUGGUUUUAUAUUGAAAACCCACAAAAUUGGGUUUUUGCUUUUCUUCACAAAUUGGUUGAAAUUUUGAAAAACUAGUUUUUCUAAAUUUUAGAGAAUCUAAUUGUUAAAAAACUUGAUUGGCAAGUGAAAUAGUUUUUACAAAAAUAAAAACUAAAACUUGAUUGGAUAAAAAAUAUUUACAAAAAUAAAAACUAAAAACUAAAGCAAAAACCACAAACUUAAGGGUUAACUUUUUUGUCCACAUAAUUUUUGGAAAACGUACAUGAAAUGUAUUUUAACAAAAUUAAUGAUUUCAUUGUAUUCGGACAAAGAUAUGUAAACAUUUAUAAAGAAGUGGUACAACUGAGGUAAGUUUAAUUUUUAUAUGGUACAAUUAGUGUUUUCGAUUUCACUGCAAAAGUACAACUAUGUACAAACCGGUACAACUCAAAAAUUAGUACAACUGUGUAUAAAGCGGUACAACUCGAAUACUAAUACAAAUAUGUUAUGUCAUUUUGUAUUCUGCAUCACGUUUGUAUCAUGUUUUAAACAUUCUGGUGGAACAUUAAUGUUGAGUAGUUGUACUAGUUGUGCCAUUCUUGAAAAAAUUCUGUACCUAAAUGCCCGUAAUUUUAAACUCAUAACAAUUUUUUUUUAACAUUCCUCCAAAAGAAACAAGUUAAACAUCUUAAGAAACAUAGGUUUUAACAUACCAAGAAUAUAUGUUUUAACAUCCAAAAGAACAUAAAUCUUACAAACAUAAGAAAUAAGAAAGCCGAAAACGACAUAAGUUUUCCAAACCUAUUCCAAAUAGCUCACUUUGGCAAGAACAUAUAAAUAAUGAUACACGUGAUGUGUUUAUAUUUUUACAUGGUAGAACUCAUUUUUUUUUUAAUUUUAAAACCAAAGUACAGCUACAUUCAGUAUGAUACUAGUUGUAGCAAUUAUACUUGUCAUACAUGAUCCAUUUUUUCUUAUAAAUUUUUGUCUUAUAACCUUUCAUCCACUUGAUGGAAAUACAAUAAACAUUGGUUUGUUAUCUCAUCAUAUCGAAAUAAGCAAGUUUUACCAUAUCCUUCUUGUAUAUGUGUUUACAAUUGGUCAAUUUCUUAUCUUAUUUUCAUGAAUGCUUAUGCAUCCUUUUCGAACUCAUGGUGAUUUUUACAUCAUCUUUUGCAUACCCUUCUAAAUGUCUUUCUACCGCAACUUUUUGGCUUCACGGCUACUUUCUUCCGCUUUGUGACCAAAAAUAUGAUGAUUAAUUGUUUUUGGAAAUGGUACAACUAAUAUAACUAAUACAACUUAUAAACAAAUCAUUAAUCAAAUAUUAUUGAAAAUAAACUAUUUGUGUAUUUUGACACAUCCAAUCGGAGAAAGAAUAGACCAACAUGUCUCAGUAGUUCCACAUCAUUCUAUCUUAUAGCAUCAUUCAUACAGUGAAAACAUAAACCAAAAUAUCACCAUAUUAAUUACAAAGUUGUAUCAGUUAUACUAGUUCUAGUUAUACUUUUUUUUUUUUUUUUUUUUUUUUUUUUAAAUAAAAUCUGUCCGAUAAAUCGGAAAUCAGAUACGGUUACAAGCUUGUUUUGAACAAAAUAUCGAAAUCAAUCUAUUACAAUCCUAGCUUCGCCCGCCCACUAAACCCGGCACAUUCCGCUAGUUUGUUUUUUGAAAUCCUUCGACUUCGGUAGCCGUUCUUUACCGUCGACGUGACCCUCGGGAAAGUGAGGUUCUCCUCGUUGCCGAGGAUGCCGGGAGUUCCCUUGACGUCUCCGGAGUAGCUAGUUCCCGAUGAUCUCCACUAAGCUUGCAACUUUCUCUGUCUAUGAAGCUCAAACGACCAAAGGGGAGGAUUCAAAAACUUACCGAGGCCUUGCGAACGAAAGCCGGAAUGUAAGAAACGCCACACGACGCCUUGAACCACAUCCCAAGUCGAGCAAGCGCUCGCUUCAACCGCCAACAAAACCUGCAGAAAGAUGGGUUGUAUCUGUCGCCACACCAUGAAAAGAAGCCUCAAAACCUACGCAAGAAAGCCAGCAACACCACCGCAGGAGGAACAAGACCAACACCACGGCGCAGGGAUGUGAGCUAGGACGAGAUGCUGACUCAGAGACGGCUAAUGACUCCCGAGAACCGCCUAAGCAUCUAAGCCUUUGAGAACCAAAAAAACUUUUUCUUGACCGCAAACGUACGACCUCCAGAGCCAAGGAGAUAGCAAUAGCAAUGACGAACAGUAGACUUUAACUCCUAAGGUCAGGCCGUCGCCUAAACUGUCGGAGAAUCAGAUCAUGGCGCCGGAGGAGGGAGCAACAGAAGAAAGGUGGGGCAAACUGAGAAUCAUCUAAUGGCCAUAGACGACCGCUCGAAUCAAACAGAAGCACACACACGAAGAAACAAAGUCGGACACUUUCACCACGAUUACAACCGACCCGAACCUCGCCCCUAAUCAGAGACCGGAGCAUUCUUGGUUGCAGCAAGCAGGAACCGGAAUCUCCCCGACCCGAGGAAACCCUAAAUACCCAUCACCUUAACCGAACGAGCACGACGUAAUAGAUCCGCAGCAACGAACCACCGUCAGACCCAGCCGCGACAAGAACCCUCGCAGCCUCCCCACGACAACGUAACACCGGCGAGCUUGAGAAAGGGGAAAAUAGCUCACCAUUAACCCUAAAAGCCGACUCCGCCAGCACGACCCGCACCACAACACCGCGUCUCGUCUCCAGAGGAAACUAUACCACCACCGGAGCCGCCAAUCUUCGCGAGCAGACGGCGGAGGCCAACGACGGAAGUCAAAACCAGAGAUGGAAACAAAGCGGAGAGAGUAUGAGAAGACCGGAGAAGCAAAGAGAAAACGGGGCUGAGAGGAGAAAGCCCUCCGGCGCCGGCACGCGCACGGACGCGCCGCCCGGACGCCGGAGGCGUAUGUAAAUGGCUUUUGGUUUCGAGAGCUUUUAGGAGAGAGAAGGAGAGUAUGUAAAUGUUCGACCCAUUCUAGUUAUACUUGUUGCAGUGGUUAUACUAAUUUGAGUUGUAUAGUUGUACUUGUUUGAAUUGUACUAAUUGUACUUAUAAUACUAUGCAUUCUCCUUUACCUGAACUCGAACAUAAAACACAAAUCCGAUUUUGAAUAAGACAGAAUUGAUUAAAUAUGACUAUGAAUUGAUCGUUUUGAGAUUAGAAAAAGAAAAUCAGUGAAUAUUUGAAUAAAAGUUUUGAUUUUUUAAGUGAAGAAGUUAAAGAAACAUAAAUGGAGGAAAAUGAAGAAGAAAAAGAAGAAUUUGGAUUAAAAGUCGGGUCAAAUUAUUGGGUCAGAUUACGGAUCGGAUAGUAAUGGCAGAGAUAGUAAAUAACUUGAUGUCUUUUGUUUUUUCAGUUAUUUAUCUUUGUUUUGUAUUUAAAUUUUAAUGUAAAAUAAAUAAAAAGAUAAGUGAGGGCCAAAUCAGAUUUCUUUUGACCCAUGUGGUCUAUCCGAGAAUUUGAUCCCUAAAAUUAAGAAUGAUUCAUUUUUAGGUGGGCAUGUCUCCUUGUCCGAGAAAGAGUCCAUAGUGUUCUCGUAUUUUUUGCUUCAUUAUCAUCGUUUGGCUGCAUAUUUUUUUUUGGACUAAAUGGUUGAUACAAGUUAAUGAAUGUAGCGACUUGUUCGAGGCCACAAUCAAUAUGAGAAAAAUUUGAUAGGCACGGAGAAUCGCUAAUUUUUAUUGCCAACCUUCAAGGCAACUCACGCCAUUUUAUAUUUUAACGUCAUUGCUCUGCAAAUUGGCUUAUAUAUCUUAUUACAAAAGAUUUAGCAAACAAAAAAAAUCUUUAAACAGAAAAGCUAACAAACAUAUUAGAAGAUGAAAAAAGAAACUUAGACUUAAAUGUCGAACUUAGAGAUAAUAAGAAUAGACUUAUAUAAAAAUGUUUUAGAUAUCGAGAGAGUAUUAAUGUAUGCCAUAAGGUAAAAAAUUGAUUUCAAUAUUACUGAGGAUAGAUAUUGAAAUAUCGAUCUUUUACACUCCCAAGGGUCAAACAUGAUGGAAGGCAUUUGAAGGUUAAUAUAUGCAAAAGAUGGCCACUCUGCCUACGAAAACGACAUGGCAUGCGGAUGGAAGAUUUUUGCACAUCAUAUAGUCAUAUCCAAACUAUUUUGAAGUUAAUUUCAUAUAAUACAUUAUCAUUUCAAAUAUGAAAAACUUGGAAGUUAACCUACUACUUGAAUAAAAUCAUAGACAAAACUAAUAAAACCUGGAAUGUUCAAUAGAUUUUUCCAAAAAGGCCAACUAUUUGAUAAAGAUUAUAUAUCCUACAAUAACCGUUACCAACAUAUAGACAAGCAACACCUUAUGUUAUGUGGAGAUGAAAGAGUAGCUAAAACUAAAACGAAAGAGAAAGGCCAAAUUUUACCCAAAAAAAAAAAAGAAAGAGAAAGGCCAAACAAAAAGAUAGAAUAAGGAGGAGACGAAAGGAGGCUUCUAAAGUUAUGAGGAUAUGCAAAGGGGGGUUUGGUUUAUAUAUAAGGUUUCAUAAUUAGGUCAAUAGAAGGUGAUACUGAUACCACUAGUGUGGAUUGUAAUAUAAAUAUAAAUGGAAAUAAAAGAAAACGGGAAUUCGUUUUUCUAUUAAAAGUAAUAAAUCUUUCUGGUCAUCGGGCAGAUGAUAUUUUGAAAGUACGUGAAUGUUACGGGCAGCUGCCCAGUGAAUUAAACAAUUCAGCAACUUGUCUGACUAAGCCAGCCUCGAGACUCCCAAUUGAUAUUCCCGGUUAACUUGGUUAGCUAAUCUAAUUAGUCUGUGCUAGGUUUCGGUUUUUGGUUAAAACCUUACGCAAAUCAAAAACUCAAUGUUUGGCUUAGUUUAUUACAGUCUUAACACAAUCUACAAAUUUUGGUAAGAUGUCUCACACAGGGCCGGCUUAGAAUUGUAUUAGGCCCUUAGGCAAAAAUAAUUUUUAGACCUAAUAGUUAAUUAAACUAAGAUUAUAGGUCCUAUUCUAAAAGAAAAAACAAAAAAACGGGCCUCUUUUGUUAUUGAAUUGAUUGGCUUUUGGGGUGGGCCCUGGGCAAGUGCACUCCUUACCCUCCCUGUUGAGCCGGCACUUGUCUCACAAAUGUUACUUUUUAAUAGUUUACUGCAAUUCAUCACUUAUGAUGAAAAGUAAUUCGUAUAAAUGGAAUAAGGCCACGUAUCUAUGUGUUAGCCAGGUUUGUAGUGAAACUAAACUCAAAUCGUAACCUAGUUUCUGGAGAAUUCAAAUGAAGGACAGCCGAAACAGUUGGAAUGUUAAACAGGUUGGUCUAUUCCGUCUCGUACCACAGCGGGUUCGUCUUCUUGCGAGUCACAGCAGGUCAGGCCUGCGUGGACUGCGGUUUCCAAAAAGUCGGCCCAAUUCCGUCCGGCCAAAGUCCACAGUCCCUUACAGGCCGUCCCGCGGACUGGAUGCCAAAGGAGUGCAUCGGGACGCUUCUUGAUGCUGCAGGCUGCUCUAGGACGCUUCAGGUUGAUCCACUACUUACUUAAGUGCACAUAAUGAAGAUACAUGAAGCAUCUACUAUUCAAGCUCAACAAAAUUUGUUAUAUAUUGUUCUUGUUAUCUAAGUCUAUUUUCUUGAAGUUCUUGAAGACUAUUUUUUCUAUUACAAGUACAUGUAUAAGAUGAGAUUGAUUAUAUAUAUAUAGGUGCUACACUAUUGGAAACAAGUUGCUACACUAUUCAACAUUAAAACACAAUCACAAACAGUCAACAUCAAUAUAUCAGAGACAGAACAGAACAUGACAAACUAAGCGCAAUCAAAUUUCAUAGUAAUAAAACUUACAAUGCUUUCAGCUCUGUUUCGUAUCUUCUUUUACUCCUUGUUCACUUUCAAAAACACAAAAAAAAACAUAUAGACUGAACAUGAGUAAUUUCAUUUCAAGAAACUAUCAAUAUCAGAUUACAAGCUAAUUAACAAGACAUUCUAAUUGCUAUCACCAAAGAUACAUAAUGAGUUUCAUACCUUCUCAGUGAAGAGGAGAAGAUGACGACCAUGCAUGCAGAGCAGGCCUGGCUCAUGUUUUUUACAGACCCUGUGCAAUUUUAUUUUUAUUUUUACAAGACCAAUAAAAAUAAUUGGUAAAUAGGACCCUUAAAUCUGUAAGAAGAAGACCCUAAAUUCUUGCUAAAAAUUUCUAAUUUUUUUGAGACCCUGUGCAUAAGCACCUUGUGCACAUGCCAAGGGCCGGCACUGAUGCAGAGAAGGAAAACCUCUGGUGGUGGAUCUAAUAAGAAUAGAAGCUAAGAAGAAUAGAAGCUAAGAAGCCCUGGUGGUGGAUCGAAGCUGAGGAGAUCCAGAAGAAGAAUAUAACCCACCUGAAAUAAGGAGUUAGAGACUUAGAGUGUUAGAACCGAAAAAAUAUAAAUCCACAACAAACCAUGUUUGCACUUUCUUUACCUGUGACAUGCAUGCAGUCACCGUCGAUGAAGAACACAUCGUCGGAGCUGGAUCUUCGUCUUUGGUUGAGUGUGAGUUCGGAGACUUUUUCCGGUGGCUUAAAGAAGCUCCACUCUUGGAGAUAGAAGACACAUGAGAGUCCAGAAGUAUCAUCGACCUUCAAAUCUCUGUCAGCAGAGCUUCAUUUGCCGUCGGCGAACAUUUAUGGGUGAAUCACCUUUUUCUUCUCUCUUUCUCUCUCUCUUAUUUCAGGUGAAAACAGAAAUGGAGGCUAGGGUUUGUGGGUCAUCCAAAUCCCGCAUGUUAACUUGUGGGUCAUCACGCUUUUGGUCCAUCCCGCAACAAGUCCUGCCCGCGAGGUCUGUACUCUGCGGACUUACAAAAUGCUGGCCUAAUCCUGCCCCGCAUCAAGCUUUAUUGGGCCAGGCCUGCGGUUCAGGUUUCACUUUGAUAUCUAAUUUAUUAUUUUGGUUGUUAGUUUUUCUUUUAAUUUAUACUAGAACUUAACCUGCGCCCCCGCGCGGGUGGUUGAUUUAACUUAUGUUCAACGUAAAUUUAUAAACCGCUGGUUUUAUAAAAAUAUAUUAUGUAUUUUUUUAUGUUUUGUAAUUUACAUAUAGGGUAAAAUAUAUUAUUUUAUAAUAGAUGUUUGAUAAUAAUUCUUUUUAUUUGUGCAUAAUAUUAUAUUAAAAUUUUAUAAUUUGAUACAAUUUGAUGUAAUUGUACUAUUCAUAUGUUAAUCUGUUGUUUAUUUGUUACUUUAUUUUAAAAUGAAACUACAUACUAAAUUUUUUAAUUUUUGCAUUAGUUUUCUAAGAAUUAUUAUUAAUUUUAUGAUAUAUUUUUUUCCUUGAAAAUUGAACUCUCGAAAUUUUAAUAUUGACUAAAUUAAAUAUUAAAAAAAUAGUUUAUAUAAUAUAUAGUUAUAUACUAUAUAUUUCAGUUUGUGUUUUUUUCCCAUAAAGAAACAACAACUAUUAUAAUUAAUUAAUUUAAAUUAAUUUUAAAUACAAUGGCAGAAUCUGUAAAUAAAAAAAAUACAAAAAGGAAGUAUUUAAUUAUUGUAAAUGUAAUGGCUAAAUAUAUAAAUUAAAAAAGUAGUUAAUCUGCUAUUCAUGUUUCUAAACAGUUCUUGUUUUAAUUUUUAUCGAUAUUUCUAAAUAGUACCAAAAGAUUCUUUAAUUUUAAUAAUAUAGAUGAGUUCGUGGAAUAGAACUACUAUAUUUGAUUAUUAUUUUACUGUAUAUCGAACAUACAAACAAGAAUCUACUCGCUUUGUUUCCGAAAACUUACAAGAGUCUACAUGCAGGCGAAAAUGUGUACGUCAGUCAAUCCAUCAAUAUUGCACGUGUGAAUCAGAUGAAGUGUGCAAAUACAAUCACCGUCAGGAUAAAAAAUUACCUCCCAACCAUGGGCGGAGGCAGCUUAAGAGAAGGGAGGGUCAGGCAGUAGCGGCCCUGAGCAGAAGCGGUGGAAGCCUGUGCUUCCGGCCCACUUUAGAAUAGAUAAAAUAUCGGCCAUUUUUUGAACGAAAUAUCUUGCAGCGUAAAUGGUUCAGUGGUUGCAUUGCUAUCAAAGGAGGUUGACGGUUCGAUGCCUGAUACGGGAAAUUUUUUUUGGGUAUUUAGUUUGUUAAUUUAUAGGCCCACAAUCGAAGUUUGCUUCCAGCCCAAAUUGUAUCCGGGCCGGGCCUGGGGUCAGGCAGUAGCGGCCCUGAGCAGAAGCGGUGGAAGCCUGUGCUUCCGGCCCACUUUAGAAUAGAUAAAAUAUCGGCCAUUUUUUGAACGAAAUAUCUUGCAGCGUAAAUGGUUCAGUGGUUGCAUUGCUAUCAAAGGAGGUUGACGGUUCGAUGCCUGAUACGGGAAAUUUUUUUUGGGUAUUUAGUUUGUUAAUUUAUAGGCCCACAAUCGAAGUUUGCUUCCAGCCCAAAUUGUAUCCGGGCCGGGCCUGGGGUCAGGUGACUCUACUACUUAAAAAAAAAGGGAAAUUUGUUAAAACAGAACAAAAGAAAUAGCAUGGUUGUCCAUUUGGUAUAAUACCAUCAUAAGUUAUCUAUUUAGUAUAAAUUUUUUUCAUAAUACCAAAAUUAACCCUCGAUUAAUUAAAUUAAAUACAUUAAACAAAAUUUAAAAGCUUAACUGAACUUUAAAAAGUCUAAUAAAAAAGAAACAAUAUUUUAAUUUAAAAUUUUAUUUUUUAUUAAUUUUUUAAUAAAACUAAAAAUUUCACAAACAUUUUGAAAAAGUUUUUAUAAUGUUUAUUUAAUGUUUUAUUGAAAAAAUUCUUAUAAAGUUUAUUUUUAUUAAAAACGUUUUACAAAGUUUUAUUUUUUAUUUUUCUACAAACAUUUUAAAAACAUUAAAAUUAAAAAGUUUAUUUUUUUAUUAAAAGUUUUAACAAAAAGGAACGAACAUUUAAAAAAAAAGUUUAUAAAAAAGGAAAAAAAAAUUUUUGACAAGGUAAAUCGACUUAUAUACAUUUUAAGAAAGUUAGAAUAAUUUUAGAAUAUUUCCUUAACUGAAAUUUCCUUAAUUUUCGCAAAAAAACAUGUUUUCUUAUCCGUAGAAGACAACUUCUACACUGUGUAGAACAAUGACAAAAGUUCAGAAUGCAAUUUCUAUCUCAUAUAGAUGUACGAGUUGUGUUUAGAUUUCGCAUUCUGAAAAUUUUAGAAUACUUCAUUAAAGUAGAAACUGCAUUAUGGAGAAAAAUAGAUAUCUUUACAAUUAGUAGAAUUCGCAUUCUCCAUAUUUAGAAUUUUAAUUAAAAGUAGAUUGUUCGUUCUAAAAAAAAUAGAUGAACUUGUAUAAUCUAAAAUUCGUUUUCUACUAACCCAAUUUAUGUAGAAGACAAAAUCUACAUUUAGUAGAACAUAAUUUUUUUUAUUUAUUUAUUAAGUUUUUCAACUAAAAAACUAUCAUUUUGUGUAUAUGGGUGUUUUAUUAAUUAUAUUUAUAAUUUUAAUAAUUUUUUUGAUACAUGAAACUAUUUAUUUCAUUAAGUUUCAGAAAUGAAAAGGAUAAAAGAGAGACAAAAUGGACAAAAAUGGUUUUAUACCAAAUGGACAACCAUGAUAUUUUUUGUUCUGUUUUGACAAUUUUCUAAAAAAAAAAAACUGUUUUGUAUUAAGAAGAAUUUGUGUUGACUCCACUAAAAAAUAAUUACUAAGCAAUGAAGAUAAAAUUUAAUUAUACAGCUAAAGUAAAUUUUAUAUUAAAAUUUUUGGAUUUACUUUAGUUUUAACUUCAUUUUCCUAUAUUUAUCUAAAAAUAUAAAAUCCCUAAACACCUUUUGCUAUUUUAAACUUUAGUAAUAUGUUAGUUUAAGCCCGAAUUGUAUUACGUCCAACUAAUUUACAAUAUAAAAACAUUAAGAAAUAAGUAAACUCUUUAAAAAAAAAUUGUUCCUCUUCCUCAGACACACAAGACGACGGCAAACUCCCAACUCGUGUUUUCUAAUUAUUUUUAGUUAAAAUUUAAGUUGGUUUUCUAUAUUUUUAGCCAAUAAAAUUCUUAUAAAAAAGUUUCAAGCUAUGAGUGUGCGUAGAGUGGAAAUGUUGUAGUCGUGUGGUUCGGUCUGAGAAGAUUUUAGAGAUAGAGAUUGAGCUUUGUUUUUAUUCAUUGUUGUUAUGUUUUUUUUUUCUUAAAAGCUUUAGAAACAUAAAACACUCAAAACAAAUAAGCAGUCACUGUACAAACGUUUUUUGGUUUGAAUAAAUUCUUACAUUCAACAAAAAAGGAGUGUGCCUAGAAUACAUUUGUAGUUUAUUGGAGUUUAUAAAUUAUGCUUUUGAUUUCUGUUUUCGACCCCGGUGCAAAACAUUUCUGGCUUCGCCACUCCUCCCAACUAUAGCAACUGAAAGUCGAACUUGGAUUUAUCUGGUGACACCAUAUUAUAUCCUCUUUACUCUGAGCUAUCUCUCUAGUGAAUGAGUUUUGGCUACAGACAUGUAAUGGGAUGUACUAUCAAUAACUACUACAUACAAAAAAAACUUUCUAAAUUAAUAAUGUUUGGACUAUGUUAAUUUAUAAACUCAAUUUAAAGAUUUUUUUUUUUAAAUUAUGGUUUUAACAUAUAUUUUUAAAUAUAAGAAGAAAAUAUUUUAUUGUGUGAUAUUAUAUAUUAUUUAAAUUUUAUAGAUUUGAAUAUAAUCUAUUUUAAUUAGAUUAUUUGAUGUGUUUUAUGUAUGUUGAAUAUGUAUGAUAGAUUACAAAUGAGUUUUUAUAUGCAUUUCAAUAAAGUAACACUGAAAUAUUUAAACGAAAAAAAAUUGAGAUGAAAUUCAUUUUUAAAACAAAUAAACAUUUUAAUAUUUUGCUUAUGUUUAUAUAUAUAUAUAUAUAUCUAUAAAUUAUUAAUUUAUAAUGGUUACUAUCUUAUUCUUUUAUCGCAUUAUGAUACAUUUUACUCUAGCAUAGUUUGAGAAAAGAAAAUUUUAUUAAUUUUUAAUAUUUAUUAAUUUAUCGAGUAUUAAUUUAUAGAGUUUCUACAUGGCUAUUUAACAUUUUAUUUGAUAUGAUAUAUAUAUAUUUUUUUAAGAAUAUGUAUAUUAUUUAUAAUCAUUUAAUUUAGUUUAAACUAAGUAAAUCCGAUCGAACCCGGUUCAGAUCCGGUCGAAUCACAAUGACCCGUGAUCCAAAAAAAUUUUGGUUCGCUAAUCGGUCCGGUUUUAAAAACACUGACCCAAACUAUGCUAAUUUUAAUUAAAAAAUAUUAAUAACUCUCCAAAAAAAAUUAAAAAUAUCUAAAACUCAGAAUUAAAUCUUAAAAUUUUCAAGCUUAAAAUCAAUUUGAUUAACCUCUUUGUCUGCAAUCUUCUCUUCUUCCUAUCCGCUUCUCCGUCCCUCUCUUAAAUUCACAAUCUUUCUCAUUGGUUUUUGAUUCACAGCUUCGGAUUUUUCACUAGGGUUCUUCGUCUUUCUUCUACAAAACUCUGCUUAUUUACGUAUUCCUACGAAGAAACCAGAAGACAAACAAGCUCAUGAUGAUUGAGGUUGUCACCUUUUUGUAAGUGAAUAGCUGGAGACAAUGGUGUUGGUAACUCAUAAACUGCAGAGUUCACAUGUCUUGUUUCCUUGGAGUUCACCAAAAUGGACCAAAGGCUUGGUUACUAAGACACCUGUUACGACGGUACACUUUGCUGGGAGGAAAGAAAAGCUUUUACGAUUGAAAGCAAAAUCUUUCAGGGUUACGUCUUUCAAAGGCGAAUCAGGGGGAAGUGAGCGUGGGAAGAAAGCCACUAAUAACAACUCAGUUAAACUAUCUUACCGUUCAGAUGAUGUCGAAAAUAAUGUGGAUAGCUCUUCAAAGUCACAAAACACAUCGGUUUCAUACACCUCGGAAACAGAGGAUUCAAUCACAGGACAACCUGCUAUUCAGAAGCUGUUCAAGAAAUGGUUAUCACUGUUGCUCACACAAUCACCUAUUCAAGUCAUUGACGAGGCUUUGGAAGGAGAACAUGUUCCACAUACGAAGAAGCUAGAAACUGAAACAGAGAUCCGGAAAACAGAAAGCCUUGAGAGUACAAACAAUACAUUUUGGACCUGGUUUUGGAGUCUUGACGCAGCUAUCAAGAUUCCGUUGCUCUUAUUUGUUCCGGCUUUCCUUGCUGUUAACGCAAUCUAUGGAGCUGAAGUUACAAAGGAGUUAUCUCCUUUGUGGAUUGUUGGACCUUUGAUUGUGGCCCUUUAUAUCAAAACGUUUCAAGGAAUAUGUGCACUUUACGCUUUCUGCUUCAACCAAACCACCAAAGUGAUAAGAAACCUACCAUCUUAUUACAUAAUAGCAUACCAUUACAUUUCCCAUGGCAAGCUUAAAGAUGACGUGAGAGCUCUAGUGACUCGACCAAUAGUGGCCAUCAAGAACACUGACAACAGACAGCUCACACGCACCAAACUGAAACAGGUCCAAGAAUGGAUCAUUGAGAGAUAUUUGGAUUUUGUUGAAUUUAUAUGGCCUUAUUACUGCAGAACUAUCAGAUUCCUGAAGAGGGCUAACUUCAUUUGAAUCUCUUCAACUUGGAAAACCCUCAAACAGGUCCUCUAUGAUCUGUAUUUUUCCAUGUUGUAUUUGGUUUUACCUUUUUGAUUCCUUAAUUUUAGAAAGGCUUUCAUGUUUAUGCUGUUGUAUCUGUGUAUAAUGCGAGCUUUUAUAAGUUUCUACACUGAAUUGAUCGUAUACUAUUAAGGU